AUGCCGUCUACAAGCAGUUCCAGUAUGUCGUUUGGGGGAUUCCGAUCAAUUUUAGGAUUUGGAAACGAUCAUAAUCAAGUUCAUAUGGAGGAGGUGAACAACGAUUCUAAAUCUCCACUAGAUCGUGAACUUGAAAGGUUUCAAGAACAAGUAUUCACUCAAUUCCAUGCACUUUCAUCUUCUUCUCCCGAUGAAUUUCUCUCCAUUUUUUGGAUAUCCAAGCUACUAGACGCAUUCAUUGUUUGUCAAGAAGAUUUCAAGGUCAUUCUCUUGAACAAUUCUGAAAAUUUCUCAAAACCUCCAUUAGAUAAACUCCUUACAGAGUUCUUCGACAGAAGCAUCAAAGCUCUUGACAUAUGUAACGCUGUUCGUGAUGGAAUUGAGAAAGUACGCCUUUGGGGUAAACACUUAGCCAUUGUUUCAAGUGCUUUUGAUUCAAAACAGAGAAACAUGAUAGGUGAAGGCCAGUUUAGGCGUGCAAGAAAAUCAUUAACUGAUUUAGCCAUUGUUAUGCUUGAUGAUCAUAAGGAAUCUGGAUCUGUGUUUUCACAUAGAAACAGAUCUUUUGGGCGUCCAAACAAAGGUAAAGAUCUGAAUCAACGUAAGCAUGGACACUCAAGGUCUCUCUCAUGGAGUGUUCCUAACUCAUGGUCAGCUACUAAACAGCUUCAAUCAAUGUCCAACAGCUUGACUCCAUUUCCACCUCGAGGAAAUGAAAAUGGUGGAAAUUCCAGUCUUCAAAAUUGUGUUUUCACAAUGGGAUUUGUUCUCAUGUUUGUGUUAUGGACUGUAGUUGCUGCAAUCCCAUGUCAAGAUCGUGGUCUUUUCAAUUUCUCAAUUCCAAGACAAUUCUCAUGGGGAACUCCAUUGUUCUUUCUUCAAGCUCAGAUUUUAGAUGAAUCAAAGAAACGUGAACGUAAGAACAGCCCUGGGCUUUUAACAGAGAUUCAACAAAUGGAGAAGUCAAUCAACUUGAUCUCAGAUUUAAUUGAUUCUGUUCAUCAGUUUCCAUUGACAGAAGAACAACAGAAAGAAGUGAAAGAUGGAGUUGAAGAGUUAUCUUUGGUUUGUAGCUUGUGUAAGAAUGGAUUAGAUACAUUGGAUUGUAAAUUGAGGGAGGUUUUCAGGAAGAUUAUGUAUUGUAGGACUGAAGGGCUUGGAACGUUGACCACUACAUAA